AUGCCGUCCCCGAUGGAGGGAUCUUCCAGAGAAGGUGACCUCUUUACUGUGAAACAUGAACUGAAAAAUGGUAAGUUAGCUAAAAGGCUGCUUUAACUUUUUCGUGUUUGAUGUACCGUGUAACGUUUGAGGACACACGUGCCCUGGAGAGAUGUUAGCUGGGUUAGCUUGUAAAGAGUCAAAACUGUCACUGUCAGUGGGUGGUAAUAACGUGCGCAAACAUCAACAUUAACGUGACUUAUAUCCGAAAUAAUGGCUCGGGGAGGUGUAACGUUACCUGAGAGAGGCUUCACGCGUUACUUACGUUACCUAACCGUUUUACGCACGUUAGCAAAGCGCAGCUUAAUAACCGCGAGUCAUAACAUCCGCUCAAGUCAACGUGUCACUACAGCAAAUGAGGCAGAGAUUUCCAACAGCUACACCUUAUUACUUAAUUUGCUGGUUUCCCUGCCUGCAUAUGUUAGCGGUCACUGCUAACUCCUCCCUCGCCAUCACAGCUGCAGUGCUGUCAAUGACACCCCGUUAGCUUCCACCCUGCACCCCACACUGUGUGGACACAUUCACAGCAACCACCUUAGGUAUGUCUUAUAAUGAUACGAAAGUAUAGUAGCCUACUGAGUGGACAGGCACUGACCUGCAGUAUCCUGUGACAAAGAAUCAACAGGAAAUUCACUCCUAAUUACUGUCACAAUCCUGAAAUAUGAAUGCAGUGGCCUUCAGUGGCAGGGUUUGUUCAAUGUUGAUUGAAGUUACACGCUGACUGCCUGCCUGCAGCUGCAACUGGUUUAUAAUGACACUGUGAAACUGCUGUUCAGGCUGCAACAUGACUAUGCUGCAACCCCCAUUUGCUGCCCUGCCCUAAAUAUGCAGUCAGUCUAGUUGUCACACUUUCUUUUGUUGAACUUCACUCGACUGUAGACCCCUGCUGAAGCAUCUGACAAAAGGCGGCAACAACCGAGUAUUCUUGAGGCAGAUCAAUCUGGCAUUCAUUUCAAGGGUUGAUAGAUCAGUCAUUGAAAGGUCAAAAAGUUUUAAAAACUGCUGAUCGUAAUCUCCCGAAGAUUGCAGCAAUUUUUAGAAGCGGAAAAGAAACUGGAGACUUUUGAAAAGGUCAAAAAAAGUGUGGAACUAGUAUUCCUAACUGUUUGAAACAGCACAUUAGUCAUAACUUUCAAAGAUAACAUGCAAACCGUUCAUUUAUUAUCAAGAUAUACUUUGCAAUCAGUGUUUUCUUGACAUAAACUAUAUAGAAAACAUGCUGUUAGUGUAACUUACACACUUCCUCAGACAGAUAUUGACAUGUUUUGGUGGGAUGUUGCAGAGAAAAUAUAGUUUUAUUAGUACAGAAUAUUUACUGCUUUGAGCAAAUAGUUCUUAUUUUGUUGUAGUACAAGAAAACUCAACAAAAUAUUGCGAUAAAUAGUCAUUUCGAUUCUCAAUACAAGGCUUUCAGGUUGCUGACGCUCUCAUUUUGCUGUAGGGCAUCAUCUGGUCUAUUAAUAAACACCGAAAUCAAACUUGGCCCGCGCAGGGCGAGCUUGACAAGGGUGUUAUGCAAUCGGAACCUUUUGACCUUAAAUGUAAAGGACAGCAACAUUGUUUUGAAAUAAUGCAGUACGCAAUCCAAGUGCCUGAUAGUUGCACUCUUUCUUCUCGUGUGUAACAGGAGAAGCAGCGGAAAGGAUUAAAUCAGCCGUUUUAAUUGCUCAGUAGCCUAUUUUCAGAGUGCGAGACAGAAGGAAUGCGUUCACUACAAUGGACAUGCAUGUCUCAGAGCGUGGCACGCUCAGUCAGCUGGAGUACAGUGAUUAGGAAAGACGCUCAGAGUCACAGACAGUUUGGUUUGAAUUAACUGAAGAUCUUCGAUGGGAAUUAAUGAUCUUUUCUGAGCUAAUGUUGCACGUUUUCUGACAUUUUAUUCCAGAGAGAGUAAAAAAGUUUUCAUGGAGACCUUUGUUUACACGGGGGAUGCUCUCUGAUUAUCCAAUUGAUGUAUCAGCAGUGUUACACAUUUGUACAUUAGACCAAGUCCGCUGCUGUUGGCCUGAUUAAAUCACCGCUCAGACUGUCCUGACUGGUCCGGUGUUUUGAAUUGUUGAUGCUCUAGUGUAAAGCCCUUCUCCUCCGCCCUUUUUGACUCGAUUAGCUUCAAAGCAUCAAGGCAGAGAGUCUCUUUGAACCAAAUGAAAUGCAAGCAUACAUAAUUAAUAAUGUGGGCACCAGUACGGAAACAAAAAGCAUGGCGAGCUCUGUAAGGUGAUGCAAGGUAAGGUGCCUUCUGUUGGGCAUGCAAGGUCCACAGAUUCAGUCAACAGAAGCAGCAGCAGCUGAGAAGUUGCAAAUGUAUUUACAACUCAGCUUUAUCAACAGUAUUGAGUGGAUGAUGAUAACAUCCUUGGUGUUUUUUUGUGCCGCAGGCUUGUGUGGCAAUGUCGGCUUGUUCAGCUGGUUUGUAAACCACGCUACCCUUUUCAACUGUAAAGAGAGAGGCAGUGAUUAAAGGUGGUUUGAACAGUUUUUAAUCUAUAGAACAUCAUGUUCAUGCUACAGUUUGCUCCAAAGAAUCAUGCACAGUCAUUUGCACAGCUUCGUUUUAUUGCAUUGUGUUUUGCAGUCAUCAAUACAGCUGUGAAGAGCUUGGAUCGCAGUAAUUCUGACUUUGCAAGAGAGCUGAUUUGUAAUGCAUUCACAAACAGCAGUCACACACAGUUGGGUUGUAGGGCAGUGAAUGUAAAUAUAAAUGUACCGAUGAGCCAGAUAAGCCCCAGCGGAAAAAAAGAUCUUCUUGUGGAAAAUAUGUUUGUUUUUUUAGCCGAGGUCAAUCUUCUGUUUGAUGUUGCGAAAGCAUGCUUUAUAUACAACCCUCGAGGGAAUACAUGCUUUCCUGAUUACCAGAAACAUACUGGGAAAUGACAUUUGUUCAUUUUCCAGAAGAGUUAUAUAAACCCAGACACAGUUGUGGUCGUUUUGAAUCCAGUUUUUAACAUGUUUCUGUUUCUGCUCUGACUUUAGCCAACCUGACGGGCCAUGUCGAGAGAGUGGGCAUCGAAAACUUUGAGCUGUUGAAGGUUCUGGGCACAGGAGGUGAGUGAGAGUCUCUUUCUGUCUCUUACUUGACAUGUCUUAUUUCAAAGCCAGUUGUAUGUUUUUUGGAAUGAGAAGCAUGCUAGUCAUUUGUGUCACUCUGCACUGAACUUUGCCCUCUGUCUCUUGUUUAUUUUAACCACCAGCAUAUGGCAAAGUGUUCCUGGUGAGGAAGGUGAGCGGUCAUGAUGCGGGGAAGCUGUACGCCAUGAAGGUUUUGAAGAAGGCCACGAUCGUGCAAAAGGCGAAGACCGCCGAACACACACGGACAGAGAGGCAAGUGCUGGAGCACAUCCGCCAGUCUCCAUUCCUCGUCACACUCCACUACGCCUUCCAGACCGACACCAAGCUGCACCUCAUUCUCGGUGAGGAUAUUUCCUACAGGAACUGACAUUCAGGCCCUGCGGAUUCUCCUCUCUGUGAUUUGUUUAUUCAAGCACAGGAAAAGGUUAAUGAUUAUCUUACAGAAAGUGGAAGAAAUGGAUUUUCACGAGCCGAGUUAAUGAGUACAAACACAGAUUUCAGCGUGUGCCCCUUCCCUGCAGGAAAAACAACCAAUUUACACGGUUUAGGAUUAAAUUUGACGUGUGUGGUAUUUUCUGUCACAGAUUAUGUAAAUGGCGGGGAGCUCUUCACACACUUGGUGCAGAGGGUGCGAUUUAAAGAGCAAGAAGUCGCCUUGUACAGCGGGGAGAUUGUGUCGGCACUCGAGCAUCUACACCAGGUAAACUCCACAUUCGACACAAUCAUUCCCUCUCGUCUGCUCUGAAGUUUUCUCUCGCUGCUUACCAACUUUGUGUCUCAAUUGCUCCUCUGUCAUUUUCUUUCGGCAGCUUGGGAUUGUCUAUCGAGACCUGAAACUUGAGAAUAUUCUGCUGGAUUCGAGCGGUCACAUAGUUCUCACAGACUUUGGCCUGAGUAAAGAGUUUGAUCAGGUACAGCAUGUCUCAGAAAUAUGUCUUAAACAUUUUGAUUUCAGAUCUUUUCCGAAAUAGUCCCUUAUUUUAUCUAUUUGAUGAACCAUGUAGGUUUUUACAGCAUUCGGAUCCUCAUUAGGAGCACCUAUUUCUGUCAGAUCUAAGAAAUGGGGUUCUGGUCCUGGAGAAACUUAAUCUCAGGAACAAAUCUUACUGAAAAGAAAAGAGCGACUUCUGUGCAUCAGUCUGAACUUGAAUGGCUCUUUACUGUAUGUGAUGCUGUGGCUGUAAACUUGUGGUUCGAAAACAAGACCAACAAAUGGAUGAAACUGAGACCCUGAUGAGAAAAUGUCUCAGCUCUGCGGGUGACCAAGCAACCUCUGAGAAUCUUGGAAGUUCUGGGAAAACCAAAAAAUAUGAAACCGAUUUCCACAGGGGGCUUAAAUCUCAAACCUUUUUUGGUGUUUUAAUUUUGCCAGGACUAAAGGCUGAGACCUUCAAUAACCUGCACUGUUUCCACCAGACAUAGACAGUAUUAUGAAGGACAUUUUGGCAGAUCAUUUUUGCAUUUUUCUGUUCCUGUUGUUGAAACUUUUCUCGACCCUUUUUAUCAGUCAAAAUCCUUUACUCACUAUCUUUAACUCCUUACGUGGUUUGCAUGGUUGCAUGUUUUUUUUUAUUCACACAGGUGGAGAGAGCGUUCUCCGUCUGCGGCACCAUCGAGUACAUGGCUCCAGAAAUCGUGGAAGGAGGAGAGUCUGGACAUGACAAGGUAAUUUACAGUUUUAUACUGUUUUUUUUUUUUCUCUGUGUGUGAUCAAACGAAGCAGCUCAGGCUCUCCUCUCUGCACUCCUUAUCGUGUGCACCCCCCAGUCAGAUCUGCCUGUUUGUCUGUGAAGCCAAAGUCACGGGUGGGUGCUUUUCUGAAUUCCAGGCGGUGGACUGGUGGAGCCUCGGCGUGUUGAUGUACGAGCUUCUGACUGGCGGAUCACCCUUCACAGUCGACGGGGAUGAGAACUCGCACACAGACAUUGCCAAGUAUGGAUUCUUCUCCCUGAUCAGCAGCCAGAGUUUUCAGCUCCUCUCCAUGUCGAAUCACUGACCAUAUCUGUCUCACUCACUCAUAACAGGAGGAUUUCGAAGAAGGAUCCUCCUUUCCCUAAAGAUAUGGGACCGCUGGCCAAAGACCUCAUCCAGAGACUCCUCAUCAAAGAUCCAAAGAAGAGGCUGGGCUCGGGUCCUAAUGGAGCAGAAAAUGUGAAAAAACACCCGUUUUACCAGGUGGAGCUCGUUGCCUGUCUGCACGUUCUCACAAUAUUUACAGGAACUCAAAAGCAGGGUGGGCUGUUUCUGCACAUAAUGGGAAGGUUUGAGUGAGAGCAGUUACUCAAACUGCGUGUUUGUAUAAUCCGUUUUACAAGAACGAGGUCCAACAGAGGAGGAAAACAACAAAAAAACCACAGACCAGUUAGUUUUCUUUCCUCUGAUGGUACUUUCUUCUCGUAUUGAGCUUUCAUUCUUUUAAAGGGCGCACAUUCAUCAUUAUUCUGAAUCAUUCAAGCAGCAAUCCGAAUCACUUUUAACCCAAAUAAAUGGGUUACUCAUACUCAUAAGGUUCUAUGAUGAAGUUCCCCGGCUUUGCACAAUAACAGAUGAUAAAACUGUCAUUCAUGAGCUGCCUGGGUACAUUCCUCAGUCUGUACUUGUUUUGCUUUCACUAAAGUAAAGAUUUGCGUCGUUCGACUUUUGACACACUCUUCUGUUCCUCUAUUUGGGCCAAACUCUUAUGUUUCUUUUUCUUCUACUAGAAAAUUAACUGGGAGGACUUGGCAGCCAAGAAAGUUCCGGCUCCGUUCAAACCGGUGAUUCGCGACGAGCUGGACGUCAGCAAUUUCGCCGACGAGUUUACGGAGAUGGACCCCACGUACUCUCCUGCAGCUCUGCCCCAGAACUGUGACCGCAUCUUCCAGGUGGGAGCAUGUUAGCACACAGAGGGUCAAAUACUUCGAUAUUUUUCUGUUCUUUACUCUUUUUUGGUUCAGUUUCAAGGGUUAGUUGUCAGCAGGGAGUCAAACCAGAGGAAGUGUUUGAAGUGCAGCUCCCAGUUACUCUGAAUCUUAAUGGACACAGACAGAAAUGGAUGUUUACAGCAGCUCAGUCUGGUUUAAGGGACCUCAGAGGGGGAGAGCAAAAACUGCAGGAGAAGAUUCAGGAUCAGAUCAGAUGCUUCUCUCUGUGCCUGAUAAAGAUCAGACCGCUCACAGUUUGUUUGGAGGGAUUGGUGACUUUUAUGGGUUGGACUAUACGAAGCCGUCAUGUCGUAUGUCAUUAAACUUUGUAAAACAGCAGAGUGAAAUCAUUUCUCUGACUUCUGCUCAACUCCAUAGGAUGAUGAAUAAUUUACAGCCUAAAAAGUUUCCGAGUCAAAGUUAACCCUUUAACUGCUAGUUUGAAAUCACGUUAACAAACACACAAAAUAAAACAAGGUGACAAACAUUUAAUUCAAAUGAAAAAAGAUAAAGAAUUUGAAUUUUUCUAAAAGUGAUAAUGAUUCAGGGUUCCUACGCAAGUAUGGAAACAAAUUUGAUCAAUUUCCAGGUCUUAAAAAAUAUGGAAAAUGAAAAAUAAAGUAUGGAUAAGUGUUAGUGUUUCCAGACUAUUACCACAGUUCUAAAAUACUAAAAUAGAAAAGUAGGUAUUUCCAAAAAUAAUUCCAAAAAAUAGGGUAUUGAAAAGUGUGGAAAUUCCAACUGUGUAGAAACCCUAAUGAUCAUACUUUAUUUUUGACAUUAUAGCAUUACUGUCGAGAUCUUCGCCUCCAAUUUUAACUAUAAAAUCAACUACUUAGUGUUUUUUUUUUUUUAGGCAUCUUUUAAGGCAACUCAGCUCAGAGUAUUUUAAGAGUAGCAGAAAUGCUGAUCUUGAAUUUUAACCUGCUUGAUUUGUUGCUUUUACUUGUUUUAUUGAGAAAGUCUGUCAUUUUAAAAAGCUCUCAGCCUGCUGUGCUGUUAUUCUUGCAUUGUUUUGUGUACAAUAAUGGAGCUUAAAGGAAAGACAUGUGACUGAGAGGAUGAGAACUGGACUUUCAGAGGGCAACCAUCCCUCGUGGGUCACUGCACAGGACAGCGUUUUAUAUCUGCAUGUGCUUUGAUCGGAUGUUUGUCCUGUCUUUGGUUUUCAGGCAGUGUGAAAUGUUGACACGCAUGAAAAAUCGCAUUAUACAUCACCCACUUUUUGUCUGCGACUAUAUUUGACAUACUCCACGGCAAUUGAAGUAAUCAAGUGAAGUUGUGAAUGUCCUCAAAAGGUUGCUGUAAGUCAACAUGAGUCUGUCUGUGUGCACUGGUAUUCACAUUGACUAAAGGCUCUUUUAUUGAAGUAAUUGCUGCCAUAUGCAGCUCUCAUUGAAGUAACAGAUGUGAAUGACUAUUUUUGAUGUAGCUUUGAACCGUAAUAUGGCCCACAGCUCCGUGCCAGCUGAUGGCUGUCUGAUGUAUUGCAUGAAAUUUCAACUCUGAUUGCCUUCUGGAUCCUUGAGCGCGGCAGAUCAAUAGAUCCAUUAACGGGCUUCUCUCAUGGAAUAAAAGGUUACACUUUGAGAGCAUCACCACGUCUGUCUCGGUUACGCCUUCAGUCUUUGAUUGCCAACUUCAUCUUGGCUUUUUUCGCUCUCAGCUGCCAUUCACACAGUCUGAAAUUUUGUAGUCUUUAUAAUUUGCAAGCCUAGCAAUCUCUGAGAUAACGACAGCAAUCCCAAUUUUAAACCGCGCACUUGCUCCCCCACGGUGGCUCACAAAACAAAAUUAAAAUUGCAUUAAGAGCGCCAAGAUGUAAUUUCACAGCAGAGCAAUCAAAUAUUCAAGCCCGGCAAUUUGGGGCAUCUCAUUCAUUCAACAUCCAUCCUUCCGUCCAUCCAUGGCUGUCACCACAUACCACACAGCUGUGUGUGUGUCUGUGAAAAAGGAAAAGAAGAAUUAAUGCCAGUUCAAAGCUGUGGGCUCCCCACAGCUGGAAUUUAGCGCUCCACAAUGACAGGUCGAACAAUGGCAACAGCUGGACAGCCGCUGUCACUCACAGAGGCGCAGAAUGAGCUCAUUGUUGAGGUGACAGGCUGCUUUGACAAGAGAGGAAAAAAAUAAAGAGUUUAAAGUUUCGAGAUUUGACCAUAAUUCAAACAUCAUCAGAGUUUUUAUCGCUGCAGUCUUCUUCAGUGUCCUCGGUCCAUACAGUUCAAGCCUCAUCCUGUCUGAGUCCAAUGUAAACACCUAAGAGGGUUCAUGUAUUUCUGUGUGCAGGGAUACUCUUUCAUGGCCCCCUCCAUCCUGUUCAAGAGGAAUGUGGUGAUGGACGAUCCUGUCCAGCUGUGUGGGGGCUCGGAGAGGCCGGGCUCUGCGGCGGUGGCCCGCAGCGCCAUGAUGAAGGUAAGACGAAUGGGCUCAGAUACCCCUGCACAAACACACUUAAGCUAAUGGCUGCUGUCAAACACAGAUGAGACUUUUUCCCUCCCCUCUAAUCCACUAAAACUUUUUUUUUUUCCCCUGCUGCACUUGUUUUACUCCACUCACAUUUCCUCCACAGGCAAAGAGCCUAUUUAUUUACCUUUUUUUCGCUCAGGGAUGCACUUUUGUAUUUGUGCAGUAUGAAGCUUUUAGAGCAGCCUGCAUUGACUCAGUAUAUGUGUGAGAGAUUUGAGCUUCAUCACAAACAUCCUGGAGACCUGCAGGUGGAAAAAAAUUGUGUUCAGAUAUUUUUCUAACUGUAUUGGUGAUUUUAAAGGAAUAACACUCGUGGUUCAAAUCCAGGAAACACCCAAAAUGAUCAUUCAGCUCUAGUAACAACACGGUCAGAGCUGCUUUUUGCAUCCCUGAGUUAUUGCACACUUUAUAAAGAGGAAGUUUCAGUCAGGCGGUGAGGCAACAAUGAACUCAAAGUGUCAGAAUUCCAAUGAAGCCUCAGCUCAAACAAACAGGAAGCUUGUUAACAGUCUGCUUUGGCUUGUCGUCAUCUCCAGUAUCUUCAUUCAGAUUCUGCAUAUUUACAUUUUCAAGCUCGGCCGCCUUGUUUACUUAUCACUUCCAUGUUUCGCUUCUUCAAUGCAAAUGAGUUCGACAAAAUUGCACAACAAGAGACGUUUCCUGGGUUGUUUUUUUUAAUGUACCGCAGAAGAUGGGGACACAUUCUAUGAAACAAAAGCAUUUUCAUGACGGUUAAGAGUUUGAUAAUCACGCAGAGUGGGCUUUAUUUGAAUGUCAAGUUGUUGUAUUUAUAGAGCUCUUUAAACAACAGGCAUUGAUCAAAGUGCUUCAUGGAAAUGUAAUACAACGCCAGAGGAAUGGGUGCAUCAAAACACACCAAUGUAAGAGGAUUUAAAAGCAAUUGAGAUAAAAGUCAAAAUGUGAACACUGAAAAAAAACGAAAAUCAAGCGAAUAAAAGCAAAAGAGCUGAGCUGAAAAUGCUCAGAAGCGUUUUUAUUUUUCGCUUUUGUUGAGAGAUAGAGAGCAGUGAUUUAGGCGUGUGUGUCAGUCCAUGAAAACAAAUAAAAGACUCAAUUUUUGCCCAACUUGUAACCUGAGUUUUAGCAAGUGUGUCUAAUUUAUAAAAAAAAAAAUCAAGUGUUGGUGAAAAGAGGCUGUAAGUAGAACAAGGAUGAGGUGGGCUGCGGGGUUCAGGCUCUUGUUAAUGGUUAAUAAGGAAGGAGUGGUGUGAUUCACAGUGAAUUAUACUGUGUAUAUAGAAAUACUGCAUCAUUGACCUCUAUAUCAGACCUAUAUUUGAGAGGGAAUAAAAGACUGCUUUAUUCCUCUCCAUCAUUAAUGGUGUCUUUGUCUGGAGAAUGACCACGGUAUGGAAGUGCAGGCCUGAUCCCGGAGUAUCGAGUAUAGAAGAGACGAGGACGGGCAGAGAGCAGAAACCAUCAUUAAAUGAGAGGCGACUAAAUUAUAGAGAGGGGAACACAGGGGUGGUUAUGUCAGAGAUAUUGACAGUUUGAUUGUAGUCUGCCUUCAUUAAUUCACUACAUUAAUAAUGUAUAAAAUCAAUAAGAAAGUGCUGUCUGCUGAUGUUUAAGGUUGGUGAAAAUGAGAGAAAGAAAAUGAGAAUACCUCUCAGAAAUGUGUCCAAGUUACGGAUGUUACCGAAGGGAUUUAAUUUAAAUUUAAAGCCCCACUCCGAUCGUAUUUUUUUUAUCUACUUAAAGUGUCCUCAGUGGUCUUUAUAUUGUGAUUAUGAAGUUUUUACCAAAUAUUGCAUUACCUGUGUCAUUUUCAAGGUAUUUUCUUCUGCAGAGCUCCAGUAGAUCAUUAGUAAUUUGUCUCUGAGUCGUGGGCGGAGACAGCGCUGCUCUGCACACGUCUCUUCACGCUAGCUUGCAGCCUAACAUUGCCGAUGUAGUAGAAGUAGCAGGUAACAUAGGAGCUAUUUGGUUGUUCCAAGUUAAUAUCAUAAUUAGCUUUCUUACGCGCAUUGCAAUCAGCUACCGCACACGCUUGUUUCGCGAUCAUCCUUUCUGCUUCCUUUCUAUAUGCAGAGUGUGGCCUGCAUAGCGUGGCUCUGGGGGCGGAGCCUGAAGUGAUUACGUAUGAAAUCUCACUGCAUCUGAACCUGGGUCUGCUAGAGAUUCACAUCGAUUUGAAUGAAGAAAUACUCAGAAAAGCAAUUUGGCAUUUAGUUUUCCCAUCAUAUGUCCUCUAGUAUCAGAAAAAUACCAUAUGAAGAUAUAAAAAACAUGAUUUUCAUCAGAGUGGGUCUUUAAAGAGAUGAAAUAUUGUGUUUCAGCUACUCCAGGUAUUAUUUGUUGUGUAGAUCACUGCUGCUUUUUACCCAUCUUGUUCUUGACUAGUUUAGAGGUUCAAGGUUUUUGAUUCAGAGCUCUGGUUUUGAUUGGAGGAGUCUGAUAAUAGGACGCCUUGGUAAACACAAUGAGCGAGUCGAACAGUCGCGGUCUUCUUUUGUUCGUACUGUCUCUCCGAGGGCAGCGCCACUCUGUUCUGGUAAAAUAAACCACUGUAAUGACACUGACUGUGUACAUCGAGUAGCUGUGAGUCAUAGCGCCGUUAAAGAGACUCCAUUUAGAGGUGUAUGGGCGUGAUGAAUUCAGUUGAUACCAGGGAACUGUCACUGGAAAAAUAAAUAAAAAAACAAGAUUAAAUUGGUGCAGAGUUCCAAUAUAAAUACUCAGUGUAGCUUUUAUGAUUAAAAUCAGGUUACAGUAACUUUAUAAUAACAUUUUAAAGUUAUUAAACUCCGCCCAUGCACUCAGAGUCCUACUGGAGACCCAAAAACAUCAGAACCGUAUCGAAUUAAGCUCACUUUGACUUAAAACCCUGAGUGAAACCUUGUUUUUGUGCUCUGCUCCCUCCCCCGCAGGACUCCCCCUUCUACAUGAACUAUGAGAUGGACCUGAGGGACAGCGUUCUGGGCGAGGGGAGCUUCUCCAUCUGCAGACGCUGCACACACAAGAAGAGCGGACAGAAAUACGCUGUCAAGAUAGUCAGCAAGAGGUACGACUCCUCGCAGCACGCCCGCCCAGAUGUGUUUGUCAACCUCUGUGCGAUGUUUACAGUGUGACUGGAUGAAUCAGUCGUCCUCCCUCCCCCUCCCUGACUGAAACUGGGCCAGUUUGACUCGAAAUAUGGGCGUAAAAAUGCACGUUAAAAAUCCGAGGGCAUAAUUUUACUUGAUUACAUGAUUCCUCCUGCUACUCAGUCUAAUGUAGCGGGCUGUUGGUUGAAAAUACAACCAACAACAUGUGAAUGGAGCUCUGAUUAUAACCCCAGAUGUUUUCACUGGCAACUGCCACAAAUAAUCAAUGACUGUCUGUGUUUACUGCUUCCCUAAAAGUGCACUCUGACAUUUACCUAUGUUAAAGCUCUGUUAAAAGUAAGCCUUUCUGGGCCAGUUCUCCUGACACAGAUACAUUAGUCCGGUCCCUGGAGAGGCAAGUUUGAAGGUUAAAUCACACUUUGCUAACAGCUUACAUUUUUCUCUCUGGGAUUUGCUGGAAUUCGUCCAUACCAGGGUGAAAAAUGAACCCAGUUGUUGAGCAGAACUGCAUUUAGAAAAUGGAUGUAUCUGGCGUCGACAUAAAACUCAAACUCAAGCUGAGUCUCGUGUCAUUCCCAAGGUGAAGAAGUGGUUUGUGGGAAACAGAAGAAACCCCAGAAAUGUUUUCAGACGAAUGUAAAACAAAAAUCUGCAGGUGUCUCUGUUAGUGUGUUUAUGUUUUCUUUCUUAACUGUUUUUUGACUUCCUGCUUGUGUUUUUCUGCAGAAUGGAGGCUCAGACUCAGAGGGAAAUAGCGGCUCUAAAGCUCUGCGACGGCCACCCUAACAUUGUCAAGCUCCAUGAAAUUUAUCACGACCAGGUGAGGCGGACUGCUGCGCUUACAUUUGCCAACAUAAAUUGUGUUCUGCGCGGCUCUGAAUGGAGCCUGCGAGGACAGCAGCCUUAUUAAGUCUUGGAACUGGAACAAGGCAGAUUAAUGGGGAUGCUAUAAGCCCUCGAGGUCUCUCUCUAUCUCUUCUUGUAUUGUCCCAUAAACAUCUCUCUCUGUCCUCGACAUGUUUCACACCAAGCGUAUUUUUAAACCGCAGCUGUACAAACACCCAUUUUGCACCGCUGAAUAGUAACAGCCCCAGAUUUACUUGUGCUGCUAAUCGAGACGCACACUCAAGCCAAACUAAGAGUGCACGCCUUCCAACUGAAGCUUACCUCGAUUAUUCUGAAGGUGUGUCCGUGUGGCUGGCUGUGUACAGGUUCAUUAGCCGCGCUCCUUCAAGCCCAGGAGCACCACUUUAGUCCUGAUGAGCUCAGUGGGCUUAUUAGUGUACCUCAGAGGCCUGUGACCCAGAUCAAAGCUGCGCUGCCUCGCCUCGCCUCAGCCUGGUCCCGCCUUUGUUCAACAGAGCAAGUGCUAAUGAGAAACUCUACCCCACUGCCCAGACACAUUACUCCCUUCCCACUUUGUUCAGCCCCUUUUUACUUUUACUCGUCGCCUGUAUGGUUUGAUGUUCCCUUCAUGGGAUCGAGGAAGGGGCUGUUUUUAAGCUAAAUUUAACAUGAACAAAAAAAAAACCUUCAGUCAACUUCUCUGCACUUAAACUCUGACCUGUUUGGAACUGGCGGUUUAAGUUGUGAAACCACGAAAGGAAAUAAUAUGAAAAAUAAAACUUAAAACGUUUCAUUUUCUGACCCUGUCCUAACUAUGAAGUACCUGACACACCUUUUAAAAUCGCUCUUAUUUUGUUUAAUGAAUUAUUGAAUCAUUUAAUUGUCAUAUUUGUUUAGUUGCAAAACUACUAUGAGUGUUUGCACUUGUAUUAUUCAAGAGCAUGUUAAAGAAGAGAGGUCUGAAAUGGGCGCAGUAAGAUGAGACGUGUAGAUACAGUAACAUCAGUGAUAACGUUAUUUGUGUUGCGUGUGUCAUGCAACAAAUAAAGCCAAUUACAAAGUCUAUUACACGCAUAUGAGGAGAAGCAGCUUUAAAACGGACAAAAAGACACAAUCACAAUAUGUGUCCAAGUCAAACCAGUUUGAUAAUGACCGUUAAGAUAAAGACUAAAAACCCUCUUAAGAACCAGGGUUCAUUUUGGCAGAUUAUUCAGAUUUCGUCAAAGUCUAUAGAUGAAAAACACCUACAAGUUUGUCAUAUUAAAGUUGUUUUGUUUUUUUACAUUUAUUAGUUGAAGUUAUUAGUAACACUUUACUUGACGCCCAUAUCUUUAACCCAUUAUAAAUAUAUUUAUGUAAAUAAAUAUAUAUGUUUAUGAUGUUUUAUAAUUUGCUUAUAAACUUGAAUAACUAUCAUUAUAAACACUUGUUAAUAAUCAUAAGGCUGUAUAACAAUAAACAUAAAACAAGUAAAGUGUUACCAAGUUAUGUUUUAGUCGACAACAACUCGAAACAUUCUUGUCUAGUUUUUGUUAAUGAAAAAAAAUCAUCAUUUAAAGCUCCCACGGAGUAGACUAGACUUCAUUUUCAUGUUAUUUAACAGUAAACAAGACCAUCAGCGACAAGACAGAUGAUUUUUACAUCGUAAAUUUUAAUGACUGAUUCAGUUUCCACAGAAAAUAAUCACAUCAAAUAAUACAUGACACCGAAAGUCAGCAGGGUGAGAUGAUCUUGUCGUAAGUCUAUCUUAAUGUGUGCAAAGGACCAGAUAAACUAAGAUUGUUUUGUCCACAAGGGGGCGCCAAAAUUGACUCAAACAGAAAGUUACUCACAGGAGCUUUAAGUCGAAAUGUUUUUCCUUGUUUAACUCAUGACCUUAUUGCUGGACAGAUCUGAUGCACAGUGGAGGAAAAUAAUGUUGGAUAGUCCAUCGCUAACAUCUCUGUUAAAGACAACAAACGUUUGUCAGAGUUUUUAUUAUCAGUGCCGUUUUCUGAGCUCAACAUCUCUUUAUCGUGAAAAGUUCGUCAUAACCAUCGUCAACAAAAUCAACACAGCUUAAAACCCCUGUAAACGACCACACAGAAAUUAAAGCACAGUGUGUGUGUGUGUGUGUGUGUGUGUGUGUGUGUGUGUGUGUGUGUGUCUUUGCCGUAGCUCCACACCUACCUGGUCCUGGAGCUGCUCGGUGGAGGGGAGCUGCUGGAGAGGAUCCGCAGGAAGCAACAUUUCAGCGAAACGGAGGCCAGCCGCAUCAUGAGAAAACUGGUCUCAGCCGUCAGUCACAUGCAUGACGUGGGAGUGGUGCACAGGGACCUGAAACCGGAGGUAUUGGACCAACAUUUAUUCAGCAGGGCUCCUGCUUGAAACUGUUGUUCCUCUGAGCACAGUUUGUGUCUCUGAGAGAAACACAGUCACUCAGGCUCAUGAGCUUUAAAAACAGAAUUACUGUGUUUUUCUGAACUUUGUAUGAUCUGGGCUGUUGUCAUUCUGACUGUGCAAUCUUCUACAAAACAAGAGUAAAAUUGUUUUGACCCUAACGUGGGUCAAAAGUACCUGGUCAGACAAGUCUUGAUGUCCAAUUUAGUGAGCUCUGGAGUGGGCCGGUUUUGCGCAGCAGAAAGAAAUGAUUGCUGUCCGUGUCUUGAAUUGCUUUGUAGAACCUGCUCUUCACAGACGAGAGUGAGAACUCCGAGAUAAAAAUCAUAGACUUUGGCUUUGCUCGCCUCAAACCGCCGGACAAUCAGCUCCUGAAGACUCCCUGCUUCACACUGCAGUACGCGGCGCCUGAGAUUCUCAAAUAUGACGGCUAUGAUGAGUCCUGCGACCUGUGGAGCCUGGGGGUCAUUCUGGUGAGUGGGGGUGGGGAGGACAGAAACAUGCAGAGGUUAAAACAAAAUACAGGUGGUGAGCUGGGCUGAUGGAGAAUCAAUCAUUAUUCAACUCCGCAUUAUCAUAAGGAGAGAGAAAUAUAGAGUCAGCUUUCUGCCUCUGCACUUCUGCUUUAUUUUACUGCCACUCCAGCACAAAUGCCAGACAUUACACAUUUUCUACUCGAGCGGAGAAGAAGCCUUCUUCUUGCUCGCAGCUUUUUUGUCUCGAGAAAAGUCAGCGUGAUAAAACAGCAGGCCUGUAGAUUUUAUCGCAGCGUUCUUUCAUGUCUUUUUGUUUUUCUACUUUCUGUAUUUAUCAGAUCAGCGUCCAUACAUAACCAAAUAAAGACAGCCUUUUCUUACACAUAACAAAAAGUUAAUAAGCAUAAUAAGCUUAGUGUAUACACCAACUCUGGGGACACUUUUUAAUAAACUCAUCAAUCAAACAUGUAAGGUUCAGAGGCCUGCAUACUGAGCAUUUUAGUCGUAAGAAAUUCAAUAUUUUUUGAGGUGAUACCAUGAGUUCAAAGUAGAGGUCCUUUAUUCUGGUCAUAAAACAAAGAAGAGACAAAGAAGAAGAAGCAGCUGCUAGCAGACUAGCUUUAGCAGUUCUCUGAAAGAUGAUCAAUCUGACAUUUCAAGAUUUCUCAUGAACCCAAAACAGUUUUCAUUUAGUUUCAUUUCAGUUCUGUAACUUAUGACCUACUUUUUAGUCCUUUUCUUAAUUAUCGUCUUAGAGGUUUUUACUUCUUUUACCCCUUUUACAUGAUAAAGAGCUCUUACUUAUUUGUUCAUUUAAUAUUAUUUUCUUGUUUUAGUCCAUCAGGUUUUAGUCUUUCUUUUUACCUUUUUAGGCCUGAACGAUAUAUCGUUUGACUAUCGUCAUCGCGAUGUACGAGUGUGCGAUAGUCACAUCGCAGAGCCUGCGAUAUUGGAGGUGAAUGAACUCAUUUAAUUUCAAGGGUAACCGACUGAGAUACACUCCAUGUGACUCUGCAUGUGCUGUGCAGCGAUCCACCAAUCGCCUUCGUCCUUAACUCAGUUGCCAAUCAGACUCACUUCUCAGUUGCCAAUCAGACUACCCUGCCAGCUGUCAAUCAAAAUCAGGGAGGAGAAAACCCACCCCUGCACAUGUUCUGCACAUGGAGGGAGACGUGUGUCCGCUGAGAAUUACUUUCGGAACUUUACUCAUGACUAUUAAGCCCAACAAAUAAGAACUGUAUGGGUUUUAAAUUGUACAUUUCCGUGGACCACUCUACUAUAAGCAGUGCGCGUUUUGCGAGGUGCAUGCAAUUCUCGGAGGACAUGCGUUUCUCUGCACAACACCGCUAACAACAACAACAACGAUCGCAAAAUGAACAACGAACAAGCGAAAACCACCGAAAAUGAAGAUUUGUUGCCAAAAAGAAAAGGAAAGUCAGUUAUCUGGAAUUAUUUCGGUUAAAAGAAGGAUGAUGUCGACCAAAACACGUCUUCUGUGUUCAUCUGUUGCCACAAUAACGUCCCAGCACAAUAAAAGCUAAAAAUAUCUCUGAGACAGACAGAAGCCGUUCUACUAACAUUCACAAAAAGAGGUAAGAUCAGAGCAGAUUAACUGUCGUCAAGAUUUCAGCAGUGCAGCAUAACAUUAAGUGCUAUUCAGGUCAUCUGGUGAAAAUACUGUAUUUUUAAUAUCGCAAUAUAUAUCGCAGGGUUGAAAAAAUCGCAAUAUUAUUUUUUUCCAAUAUCGUGCAGCCUUAUACCUUUUUAUUUUUUUUAUCUUUAAUUUUUUUUUUUUUUCUCCAGUGUUUCCCAAAGGUAGCUCUUUCCUCAUGUAAUGUCUCGAUGUCAGGCUAUGUCUCUCUAACGAUAUAACUUAAAUUCUCACACUGUGUGCGCUCGUGUAUGUGUGGGUGAGUGAGGGUGGGUGUGUGUCUUUGUGUGUGUGUGGGUCCAUGGGUGGGUGUGUGGGUGGGAGGUUCGGGUUUUAUUGUUAUAAAUUGUUGUUUUUCAGCCUCUGUGAGGCACUUUGAACUACAUAUUUUUUCUAAAAAAGUCCCAUAAAAAUAUAGUUUAAUUUGAAUUUGAGGAUACUUCAAAAUAGAAGAAAGCAACCUUAACACAAAACAGAAAAAAAUAAAUAAAUAAAAGCACAUUUCAUUUUUUAAUGAUGUUAUAUCAGGUGUUAUGGGAUUUUAGGAUUUCAUGUUUUUUGUAGCAGCUUUUGCUGAACACUGAAGUUUUUUUUCAGCUUUGUUUAAAACUCCAUGAAGUUAUUUAGUAAAAGCGUCACAAUAGAGCCAAUUGUCUUUGAUAUAUGGACAUUUGACGUCUUUAUACUCUGAGUCAACAGCUGAAACUGCUGCUGUGUCAGGGAAAAAUCGAACCAACACAUCUCUGAUCAGCUCUCUAUAGAGAUGCACAGUCUAAACAAGUCCAGGCUUUUUUCACACUGUGGUUUAGCAAAAUGACCUGAUAGAAUAAUUUCAUAAUUUUAAAAAGUCAAUGUAACACAAAAAUCCACUUUUAGGACAUUUUUUUAACAUAAUGUUAAAUCCAAAAAUUUAGAGAACCAAAUUUUCGUUCACUUGAAAGUGAAUUUGUUGACUUUAGUUGUUGAACUUUGACUGAAGAGAUUUUUGUUGAAGUUGCUUUUUGCCACAUGUGCUUGUGUAAAAAUGUAGUUUUUCCUCGUGUGUAGAUUCUCUCAUGUAUGUAUGCAUGUGUGUGCAUGUUCAGUGUAAUCUGUUCUGCAUGAUAGUCAUCUUCUCCUCUACAACCCUCAGCAUCCUGUGGUGAGCUGACACAGUUUAACGCUCACCGCCGAGUGAAGAGCAACCAGCCCCCCUCUCAGAGCGGGUUAAGCCUGUGCUCAUGUGAGACGUUGUUUUCCUGGUAGCGGAAAUGUCAUCUUAAUUUAACCUUUUUCUGUGUAGAGGGGGAAAUAAAAAGAGGAGGGCAGGACACACAGGGGGUGAAAAAGAGAGAGAGAGAGAGAGAUUUCUGUAUUCCUCGGCCAGUCAUCCGUGCAGAUUCUGGACUCUCUGUUCGAGUGCUGUUUCGUAGCGUCGCCCCCUGGGGGGGUAUGGGAGUAGUGUGCCUCAUGAAGCUUUGAUGAGAUGGCUACUGACAAGCUGUGUGCACAAUGCCCUGGAAGCAAAGUGAGCCAACACAAGAGAGAGAGAGAGAGAGAGAGAUCAGAUCCUCCGCUGCCAAAAGCUCUGUUCACAAACGUUGUUGUCCUAGUGAGCGGGCCAAGGUGAGAGUAUCCUGUUCAGUCAGCUGAGCACAGAACGCUCUCCUGUUUAGUGCUGGUUCAACCAUGGUCAACAACACGCAGCAAAGUCGUGAUCAGUCAAGAGCCCGUUUGAAGCAUGAUUGUAUUUUCACUGUCUAACUGAUGCCUGCUUGUUGUCCAGAAUCACUUUAGGACAGGUAGUGUGAUGAUCUAAAGCAGAGUAGAUGUUCAGGCGUGGAAACAUCAGUCUAGGUGAUAUAUGACAGUGUCCUCUGUGUUCUCCUCUCUUUGCAGUACACCAUGCUGUCCGGCCAGGUGCCUUUUCAGUGCCAAGAGAAGAGCCUGACUCACACCAGCGCUGAAGAAAUCAUGAAGAAAAUCAAACACGGGGACUUUUCUUUUGAAGGCGAGGCCUGGAGAAAUGUUUCCCAGCAGGCCAAGGACCUUAUACAAGGUGAGGAUGGAGGACGGUAGGCAGGAGUGAAUCAUUUACCUGCAGUUCCACAAGACUGGGGCUUUGAAUAUUUGGUUGCAAAGAUAAGAUUUUGAGAUUUUUGAAGAGAAGAUAUUUCAGCAUCAGAAUUUAAAGUUGGUAAAAUAAUGAGACGGUAGAUUAACCGACUCUAUAUAGCGUUGGAAAUAUUCACAGUUAUAUAUAGUUCAUAUUCAAAGAGCUGUCGUAGAGCGGCUGUUUUUGCCUCAUGAAUUUCGUCUACCCUUUGUUCACCUUCGGAUCACAGACUGAACCUUUAAUCCACAAAGCAGCUCAGGGUGACUGAGUUACCUGAGGAGUAAAUCACUUCCUCUUCACAGCUCAGCUCCUCUCUGAGUAUUUUCAGCCCUCCAGGUAAUUAUCCCUUACCUUCCUCCUGCAGAGCUGCUGACGGUGGACCCAAACAAGAGGAUUAAAAUGUGCGGCCUACGUUACAACGCCUGGCUGCAGGACGACAGCCAACUGUCCUCCAACCCACUCAUGACCCCGGACAUCCUGGGCUCCUCCACUGUCUCCGUCCACACUUAUGUCAAAGCCACCUUUAAUGUAAGACAUGACCUGGAGUGCAUGUUUGUUUUGGAUGCUGGACUGUGGUAAGAUCUGAGUAGGUGAGGACUAACUGCUGCUGUUAAUCGACCUGACAGCAGCCGCUCUUUAACCCAAACCAAAGCGGUUAUAUAAAGAUUAACAUUAUUUACAGCAUAUUAUGAGCUUAGUUCUUCAAAGUGCGGCUGGAAUGAUCAGUCAACCAGUCACUCAGAAGAUUAAAGCUCCUGGGAGGAGUUUUAACUGCAUAUGAGACAGGGUAAAAUUUAUGGUGUUACCUGUACAGGGCAGUGCGACCAUUUUUCUCGCAUUCGUGACUAAGAAUAGUUGUGUGCGAAUUUUUAAAAAAUCAGCCAAGGCUACAAAUGUGUUUUCAUGUAAAUACAGCGGUGAAGUUAGUUUUAGGUUGAAUAUUCAACGGACAUUCACUGCGGAUCUACCGGUGUCUGCUCACUCUCCAUAACUGGGAAUAGCAACAGCAGCGCAGUUAAAUCUACUUGGCAUCCUCACUGUCAACGUCAGUGUUGAAUAAGGGACCGUCAAUAAACUACCAGUUGAUGUUCUCAAAAAAGGCUGUUUUCCUUAAUAACUUCCAUGCCAUGUGACCAAUUGACUUAAAAUUGAUUUCAAAUAAUAAUACUUACGUUGAACAAUAAGACACUCCUCUUUAUUUCCCUAAUUUGUCCUCUAAAAAAUUUUGUGUUAAAUUUAAAGGCAAAUUUUGAACAUUUUCUUCAAUAGCCUCCAUGCCAUGUGACCAAGAGACCUAAAAUUGAUUUCAAAUAAUCGUACUUAUGUCGACCAAUAAGGCAAAUAUUAUUUGAUCAAUUUUUAUUGUGCCUCUAAAGUUCUUUGUGUGCUCCUUGUGAAAAAAGUUAGUGUCAAUCCCUGCUGUAUAUGAUCUUAUAUGAGCAAGCACGACCAUCAGCACCAAGACUAGGUAAUUCUGAAGUGUAGUUUUUAAUCAAAAGUGUUUGCAAUAUGCUGUAAAAAAAAUCUAAAGUUUGUCCACAGCCUCAUAAGCUUUGCUGGCGGAGGCGGGAUUUAUGACCUAUACUGCAGCCCGUCACCAGAGGGUGCUGUUCUCAGAGUGACUUCACCCAGCGAGGAGGCAGCUCCAAGUUCAGCUGAAAGCAAGUUUAUUUCUGUACCUGCAGCUUUUUUAGUGAGUCUCAUUUCAGACAGUGAUCCAAAGCCCAAAUCAAACAUACCCAGCUCAGGGAUUUGAGUCAGUAUCAGAAGAAAGAGAGUUUUUAUUUUUGUGAAUUAUCCACAGAAUUCAUCAUUAAUGGUUCACUUAUUCCUUUUUUUUUUUUCUACGCCAGGCGUUUAACAAGUGUAAGCGGGAAGGUUUCCGCCUGCAGACGGUCGACAAGGCGCCACUAGCCAAGAGGAGGAAGAUGAAGAAGACGAGUACCAGCACAGACACCCGCAGCAGCUCCAGUGAGAGCACCCAUUCCUCGUCCUCCUCCUCUCAGUCUCAGGGGAAGACUUCCCCAGAGGGUGACACCAACCCCCAGCCCUCCGGCAGCACGCCUGUCAACACACCAAUCACCCUGGAAACAGACUCUGAGCACCAACCAGCGCAUCCAGCCUUCGACUUCUCGGAAGGACAGUGA